AUGGGUCCGGUGUUCAGUAGUACAGCAUCUCACACAGACAUGGACUGUCAACGUUAGCUGCACUGUACACAUUUACGUUGGAUCGGGCAGUUUAGAGGUAGAGUUGGUCUGUAACGCCGUGGUAGCUUAAAAGGAAUCCGAGAAAUGAUGCGUUUCAUGCUGCUGUUCAGUCGGCAGGGGAAGCUGCGCCUGCAGAAGUGGUACACAGCUACAGCUGAGCGGGACAAGAAGAAGAUGGUCAGGGAUCUGAUGCAGAUAGUUCUGGCCCGCAAACCAAAGAUGUGCAGCUUCUUAGAAUGGAGAGACCUCAAGAUUGUUUAUAAAAGGUAUGCCAGCCUCUAUUUCUGUUGUGCAAUUGAAGAACAGGACAAUGAGCUGAUCACACUGGAAGUCAUUCAUCGCUUUGUAGAGCUACUGGAUAAAUACUUUGGCAGUGUAUGUGAGCUGGACAUCAUCUUCAACUUUGAGAAGGCCUACUUCAUUCUGGAUGAGUUCCUGAUGGGAGGAGAGAUCCAGGACACGUCUAAGAAGAGCGUCCUCAAAGCCAUUGAACAAGCUGACCUACUGCAGGAGGAAGACGAGUCACCCAGGAGUGUGUUGGAGGAGAUGGGCCUGGCGUAGUACAUAGCACCGUUGUGAGAGACUAUAGAUACUAAGGCAGAGGGCUGGAUGAGUGGGAGCGGGGUGGAAUCUGGGGUUGAACAUGCUUGGACUGACAGCACUGUUCUGUGUAUAUGUGGCUGUGAGAACUGAUGUACAGUGUUUAACUGGGAAAGAGACUCGGUUAGGACUGGAAAAUCCACGUGUGUGUGUGUGUGUGUGUGUGUGUGUGUGUGUGUGUGUGUGUGUGUGUGUGUGUGUGUGUGUGUGUGUGUGUGUGUGUGUGUGUGUGUGUGUGUGUGUGUGUGAUCUGUGUGAUCUGUGUGUGUGUGGCUGCAGGGGGUUUCAGAUUUUCAAACGGGUGAGAUGGAGUCCAGCUUGUAGGAGUUGAGAUAAUAACCCACCAUGGAUGCUGGCUUUAGAGCCAUACUGAGGCCAGUUUCCAGUUUGACUGAAGCUUUCACACGUGUCACACCGUGUCAUGGAGGUUUGUCAGGUACUUGGUGUGAGCUAUGAGUAGUUCGGGAUUUGGGGAAUACAACAGAGGAAAAAAAUGGGGAAUCACUUAAAGGAUAAGUCUGGUGUUAUUGUAUAUUUACUUACUGUAAACAAUUCCCAUGAAGAGACCAAAACCAACAAUGUGUAAGUCUGUCUCAAUUCUUCCCUACCCCCUGUGUGUGGCUCACAGUCUCAAGCACAUUGGUUUCCUACUGAAGGUGUAAAUCUUUAAAAAAUAGCUGACAAAUAUAUAGUUUUGUAUUUGAAAAAAAAAAAAAAAAAACAGCUGGUCACUCUAGUUUUUCAUUGAAUUUUACUCAGAAAGGAAGAAAUAAUGUACUUCUAGGGGUCUCUUUUCAGUGGCGGAUGAAUUCACAUUUGAGGAAUAAGAUAGAGGCAAAUAUAUUUUAGACUUUGGAUACACACAUAAUACCUGAUACUAGGAUUCAUUCAUUGUUUGUUUUGGACUUUGAAUUGUUGACAAAAACAAAAACUUGAAUAUCACCAGACUUACUAUUUAAAGUAAAAACUCAAUGUUUUGCAAUCUUGCUUUCGUAGUGUUUGCCAUCAUUCCUAUUGGUUAUAUAAGCAAUAAUACAUACAGAAUGAGUGUUCCUACAGUGUGUUGUCAUCAACAUCAGAACACCUUAAAUCUAUUAUCCCACUUGGAUCAUUACAUGUUACACCUGCAAAAAAAUACAAAACUGUUCAAAUUGUCAUCCAGUUUAAGUCCUGCUUAGAUCUGUUUAACUGGUGGUCACAGUGCAUGGGUUAUCUGUGUUAUUGCUAUGGUUACCUGCAGUUCAAUAUUAAGAUGAUAAAUGAAAGCAUAAUCCAACAUACAGUGCAUAAGUGAGGUUCUGUUCUACCAGAGCAGCUUCAGUUCUCCUUGUCAUAGAUUCUCCAAAUGUGUGGAACUCCACUGGAGAGAUGAGCAGCAUUCUCCCUAAACUUGUUUCCUCAUUUGGUGUUUUGAUUAUGGUGGUUGAGAGUGCUGUCUAACACCUGAGUUGGGUUGAGAUCUACUAACUGUGAAGGCCAUAGCCUAUGAUUCAAAUCGUUUUCAUCCUCAUCAAAGCAUUCAGUGAAUCCUUGUGAGCUGUAUGGAAACAUCUGCAGUUUGCUCAUUAUUCAUGUUUCCUGAAAUGUAACACCCAUCUGUACCUUUGUACAGUGGUGGUUAAAGUGUGUAUUAGGUGUCCUCAAAUAGUUUUAACAGACACUUGCCAACCAUUAAGAAACAUAUACUCUCUGUGGCCAUGGUGCAGCGUCACUGCUGGUGUAGAAGCAGCACAGAGUGGCUGCUGGUGGAUGCAGCCACUAGUGUGUGUACACACAGUUUAUGACAAACAGAACCAGACAGGUUGUAAACAAACCCCACAUUUAACCAUAUUAUAUGAACUGAAUUUUGAAUAGAAACCAAUUUAAAUAUACAGUCUGCUAGUCAUCCAUCGUCAGUCAUAAUUAAACCAAGAAGUAGUUCUAAAAUAUCUAAUAGAUGUUAACAGCAGGCAGGCUGGAUAAUUCACUUUCACUUCCAGUAAAGUUAUUUAGAUAGAUGGGAACUUGAAUGGCUUGUGUUGUUGCUUUGUAUAUCACAUUAUAUUUUCAGCAGUGAAAAUGUAAAUGUUAUUGUAAAAACCAAUAGGAUUUUAGGGCCUCAACUACAACAUCUUUUCUUUUUUGGACCCCCUCUCUAUUUGUUUGUAGUAUUUAAUCCAGAGGAGGCAUCAGAAACAUCUGUUACUAUAUGGAACAAUUGAUGCUUCAACAUUGCUUCAAGACUUUUUUCAAACAGACUUUCAACAGUACUUUUUGAAAUUCAUUCCUUUAUCUGUGAUUGGUCCAUCUUACCCAACACAACAGGCCACGGUUGAUAAACUGCAGUAUGGAGGCUUAAGAAUAAUGAACCAAAGACACUGAGAUUUGCAGCACAGCCUAAAAUAGCGUGUUUGCAUAUGAGCCAUUCAUAUGCACCAUAAGUGGACUGAUGUACUGAGGAGAUGGAAAUGCCAAGUCUAUCUUAUACAAUUUAACAAAGUGCAACUGAGAAUCACAUCCGACUUAGUUAACCUCCAGACAGCAGGAAGCUAACACUAAUAUGGAGUAACUGACACUACCUGUUAGGAUUGUACUCAAGCUCCAAGGCAAUCAAAAAUAAAUGAAUAAUAGACAAGUACAUCCUAUGGUACCAUAGAUCAUUUUAUGACUUUUUAUGUUUUGAAUGUCUGGUUGUUACUGAUGUUGAUCUAAAUGUGAUGUCUGUGUGAAAUGCCAUGUAGGGCAGGAAAGGAAAAAGACUCAGAUAUGGAUCAGAUAUAAAUGUUCUUCCUUUAGUAAGUGAAUAUGACAUCUAGGUUAAACAAAGUGCUUUUUUUUAAUGGUAGUACGCCUGCAACCAGUUUUGAAUGUAUUUCUUAGGGGUGUAACAUGGUGUGUCCAUACCUCAGGUUUUAAGUCAGUUACUAUUUUAAUUUUUUUAGUUUAGACUCGCUUGUGCAAAUGCACACAAAUCUUGUGUUUGCUCUCACACAUGUAUACGUUUUACGAGGCCCAUGCAGGCCCUGUACAGAACUGACAAUGCAGACUGAACAUGUGCACUGUUUCACCCCUGGUAUUUAGUCUACAGUUAGUGUGAAUAGUGGUGUGUUCUUUUGUUAUGCAUGACAUAUUUACUUCAUAAGCUGUGGACAGCAAUGAUUAUAUUAGCUGUGCCAUGAAACUUCCUUUGCAGUCAUGUUUAAGGUAUGUACAAAAACUCAUCAUUCAUCACAUAUAGUGAUCCAGAUUUUCUCCAGAACAACUAGUCAGGAAAAUAGAUGAUUGGUGUCUGUAAGCAGUGUUCUGUAAUCCAUGUUCACUCAUGGCAAGAUGAGCUUUUAAAGCCAACAUGUUACAGGAACCACUUAGAGUCAGCAAAUGUUCACUUUCUUCAAAUAAAUAUAUUGAAAUGGUCAUUUUCAUAACAUCUUAACUGAUUAUUUCUGACUAAAUGACCAUUCAGUUACAUUUUCCAUGAACUCAUAGACUGUAGGUUAGUUGGGCUGUAUUACAAAAUCCUGUUAUUGACAUGGUGUCACUAUUGAUACUACAGGGUUUCACUACCAGUUCUUUCAAAAAUCUAUCAAUUGCUCAUUUCAUACAGUAGAAACAAAUAAUUUCACAUCAUUUAAAAUAAUUUAUUUUAGGCUGAAUUACAAUAAUAAGAUGACCAGAAUUCCAGCUACACUGUUUUGUUGGCUACUAAGGUUUUGUUACAUUUUCUAUCCUAUGUAAUCCUACAGAGGAAAACCUUUCUUGUACUGCCUCAAAGUAAACACAUGUCUUUCAUUAUACAUGGUUAAUAUUUCUCCAAUGUUCUCUCUGGAAUUCUGAACAUACACUUCCAUCUCAUUUCUAAUAGGAAAUGACUUUUCUUUCUUUGAAUGCUUUCAUCACAUUCCUAGAUCACAACCUAUCUAAUGUAUAAAAGGCAGGUAUGGUGUUUAGUAGUAGAUGUAGAUGAAGGGUUUUGUAUGGCAGUGUUUAGGAGAGGAAUUUGGUUUUGGCUUGACUGCUCUCUUCUAUUCUGAGCCAUGCUGUCUCAAAGAGUUGCUUCAAUGCUAUUAAAGCAUGAUGUGGACUGUUAAAGAUGUGACUUUAUCAGUUCAAAAAUGUUUAGGAUGUUGAGAUUAUGCUUGAAGUUUGUACACUGUGUGAGCAGCUUGGUUGAUGGGUGUCUAGUGGUGUUUUAAUUUUUUUUUUUUUAAAGCUCCAAUAUUUAUUUUAACUACAAUAAAAGCCCCCUCCCACCCGCCACAUACACACAAAAACAAUUUAGUAAUGUUUGUACAAGGUUGCCGUCAUUUCAACAUCAAUAGUACAGUAACCUCAACCGUUUUAAUGACUAAGAAAAGUCUGUGAAGAAUGCUGCUUGUGUCAUAGCCACAUGUCUAUAUGUAAAAAGCAGCUUCAUUAUGAGCUUCAUUCUAAAAACUGGUCUGGGAGAGCCAGUUGGCUGACCUGCCAUAUAGUCUACAGUCUGUCUUAAGAAUCACUAAUUAAAUAGAAUGAAUCAAUAGGAAACCCAUCUGAACUCUAGACAUUGAUCCUCUGGAUUGAUUCUCCACAUAGUUGUAGAGUGCUGGGAGUCUUAUUCUACACUGAUGUUCUUUCAGACAGAAAUGUGAUUGUUGUUUUUAAAAUCUCUGAAAAGUUUGGCUCUGGUCUAAUCUCCUCACCUCAUUACAGACCAUCCACCCACCAGCCAAGUUUGUCACACACCUCAUGUGUCUCACCGGUCUGUUUGUAGAGACAGAGAACUUUUAAGUUGAACUGUCACUGCAACAGUAUGCUAUUUAAGAAGGUACAUCUUCAGAUAACCCUUGAGUAAGUGUACCUCAUGGAGAAACUAAAAAAGGGUAGAGGCCUCAGGUGGGAACAGGCUGCAAGACAUUGAUGCUGAACUAAUCUAAGGAGGGGGCAAAUGGCACCACAGAGUCAGCUCAGCUGAAUGUCUGAUCUCUGUACACACUAAUCCUUUUCUUUUCCCCUGUAUGACACUAUAAGACAGAACUACUGAACUCUAAAUGUUAGUGCAUUUCCUAGAGUAAGGGCUCAUUGUGUGAUCUGAUUGUUUUUUUAAUAUGCGGGAGAUAGAAUGAUGUACUGUAUCAGUGAGUAAGUGAGACAUAUGCAAAAGAGGAACAAAUAAGAGAGAGAAGCUGAAAAUGUGUUGCGGUAAAAUCUGCUGCAAAACAAAAACACCAGCUUGACGGUAGAUGCAUUUAUGUGGAACAAUGUCAGGGACAAAUCAUUGGAGUUUUGAGAUUGCAAUAUCUUUAAUAUUUGGAGAAAAAUGUUACGAAUCUUUUCCAAUUUCUGUUAUUGAAUUCCACCAUAAAACUCAAAAUUCAGACUAAUCUCAGAAUUGUAAUAUAUUUGUUCCUGUGUCCCUGUGACGCUUCGUAUUCUUCACAUGAACUAGUUGUUGCGAUGUGAGUGUUGCUAGCUGUUCUGAAUGGCCACUCAUUAGAAAACAGGGUGUCAUAACCUCCCCGGCUGCAUUGCACUGCCUCCCCAAAAACUUGGAAUCUGUGUCAUGACUUUUUAGUUUCAACGGGAUAACAGAACACACUUUUGGACAGUCUCUCCUUGAAGAUGUUGACACCGCUUAAAGUUGGUGUGAUUGUCAAAAAAUUCUGUUUUGGUCAUGAUCCAACCGCCACUUCAUUUGAAGCAAAGUGAGACCUCAAUCCUCAUAUCCUUUAUAUUUGAGGGGCUUCCUAUCAAUAUAUCACUAAGCCUGACCUCUGAUGCCCCUUUUUCUGAUUCAAAGGGACAUUCUUCUAACAUGAAUAAUACUUUUACUAGUGUGUUCAAUAAUGAUUUUUCUUCUCUACUGAGUGAGUUUUAAUUCCAUAUCCUGUUUGAACUUUGUCUUAGGUCAAUCAGCUCAUUAUAUGCAUUGAGUGAAUCAAUUUGGUGAUUGUCAUAAAUGAAUUAAUGUAAAAGAGAAUGAAGAUUUUGAUUUUAAAUCUCUUGUUGCUCGGCUCCUUUGUGGAAGAAAUAUCAAGAAUGUAUUGAGAGAGCCUAACGGAGCCCUAGUUUGGGAAAGCAUUGAAUCUGUGUAAUAUUAUACAGGCAAAGGCUAAAGGGAUUUGGUGUGUGAAUGUAAUUUUAUAAAGAAAUUAAAAAAAUGUAAGCAAAAUAAA